AUGAAGACUCUAACGAUCGAGGGUUGCAGUGAUGUCACGUCUCUGCCCGAGUCUCUUUUCCACUUGCCGUCACUCACCAGCCUCACCCUUGACAUGCCACAACUUUCAGCCCUGCCCGAAGAUAUUGGGCAGUUGUCAGAGCUUCUGACACUUUCGCUGAACUUGAGGAGUCUCACGGCCUUGCCUGAUUCCAUCGCCCUUCUUAGCACGCUUCAAGAGCUCUCCCUCGAGAAUAUCGUGAGCCUGACGUCUCUGCCCGAGGAGUUCGGUCAGCUGAUUGCUCUGGAAACGAUGAGUCUGAACCGCCUUUACCACCUCACACGCCUGCCCGAAUCCCUCGGGCAGUUGACAUCUCUCCAGAAGCUGGAAAUUUUGGUGUGUGGGAGGCUGCAGCAACUCCCGGACUCCCUAUCCCAGCUAUCUUCCCUCGAGCACCUGGAGAUUUACGAUUGUCCACGCCUCACGAUACUGCCAGACGACAUGGGAAAGGGUCUGCACUCCUUGCGCCAUCUUCUUCUCUUGGAAUGCAAGGCUCUCACCCACCUUCCCCCAUCCUUCUCCAGCCUGACGUCUCUCGAAACCCUCAAAAUUGAAGACGCGCUACGCUUCAGGGGCGCCUUGCAAGACGGUUUUGGCGGCUUGAAAAGCCUCAAGAAGCUGUCCCUCCGUUGCAUGCCACGCCUGUCUGCCCUUCCUGCCUCAUUCUCGGGCAUGUUUGCACUCACCAGCCUGGAAGUGGGGAAGUGCCCUAGAGUAACUAUCCUGCCUGAGGGGAUCGGACGGCUGGAAGCACUCAAGGUGGUCAAGAUCUUUGGGAUGGACGGCCUGAAACGCCUCCCUGCGUCCCUUGAGUCAUUCACUCAGCUGCCUAAGCUGGCGGAUCUGCAUGUGCGUGAGUGCAAGAAGCUGGCUCGGCUGCCGUCUUCUCUCCGGAGAAUGCCGACGUUGCGUACAUGCAAGGUCGUUGAGUGCCCUUUGCUCUCCCAGCGAGACACGCGGCGGUUUGUUGCAAGGAGAAGGGAGGAUGGGGAGGAGGAAGAAGGGGAGGAGGGGGAGGAGGGAGAGGAAGAGGAAGGGGAGGAGGGAGAGGAAGAGGAAGGGGAGGAGGGAGAGGAAGAGGAAGGGGAGGAGGAAGAGGAAGAGGAAGGGGAGGAGGGAGAGGAAGAGGAAGGGGAGGAGGGAGAGGAAGAGGAAGGGGAGGAGGGAGAGGAAGGGGAAGGGGAGGAGGGAGAGGAAGGGGAAGGGGAGGAGGGAGAGGAAGGGGAAGGGGAGGAGGGAGAGGAAGGGGAAGGGGAGGAGGGAGAGGAAGAGGAAGGGGAGGAGGGAGGAGGGAGAGAAAGAGGAAGGGGAGGAGGGAGAGAAAGAGGAAGGGGAGGAGGGAGAGAAAGAGGAAGGGGAGGAGGGAGAGAAAGAGGAAGGGGAGGAGGGAGAGAAAGAGGAAGGGGAGGAGGGAGAGGAAGAGGAAGGGGAGGAGGAGGGGGGAGUACCGCCCCCUUAGCAGCACCGUCGCUGGAGGAGUCUGCGCUGCAGAGCUUCCUCUCCCGCGCGGAUCAACUCGAGGCUCUAGUGGAGCUGUAUGCGGUGCUGCAGCGAAUGACCCACUUCUUCCUCCCCGUUUCUCUCUCCUACCCCCUUUUCCCUCCCCCCUUCCCACACCUCCCCCAGACCGCCCUGCAGAGCUGUCUCUCCUCCCUGGUGGAACUAUACGCGGGGCCGCAGCGAUUGACAGCGCUGCAGGAGAACAAGGCGCUGCAGGAAGCCGCUGAGAAGCUUCCUCCCAGCGUGUCCCCGCAAGCCGUGGCAUUCACCAAGCGUGCCCUGCUCACCCUGCAGAAAAACCCAUCGUGGUCGUUUGCGCAGAAGCAGAAGAUGAUCGGCAGCAUCGUGAGGGGGUUCUCAUCCUCGCAUUGA